GUCAACCACUCGUAUCGACAACCUCAGCCAGUGCAGACCUUCGAACAGCCCUCACGAUGACCGUCGCAGUCCUCGUCCCUCACGAUGUCCCCACCGUUUUGAACUACUACGUCCCUGACCCGGAAUCCGACGAGCCGCCACACAUUUAUAUUAUAGAUGCACCGGCCGGGAAGAAGAGGGACAACAUUGGCCGCGAGCCGCACGAUGUCGUCAUUCACGACGCUCGUGGCAAAGAGAAGGAGUACGAUCUCUCUCUCGACACAUCUGGCUUCCAGUUCGUCAAGCACGUGAGCCAGGAGAAGGAGUUCGACGACGACGAGAGGGUCAAGAACGUGUACUACAAGGAGGUGGAGGAGCUGCUCAAGAAGGAGACCGGUGCGAAGAGAGUCUUCGUCUUUGAUCACACUCUCCGUCGCACCGAGCCGGAUUUCGUUAGUCCGGAGGGUAAAGUCAUUCGUGGCCCAGCCGAGGCAGUCCAUGUUGACCAGACUUACGAGGCGUCCGUUGCGCGUGUCCACCGUCACCUCGGCGAUGAGGCUGAACGCCUCCUAAAGGGACGUGUCCGCAUCAUCAACGUCUGGCGUCCCAUCCACAACCCCGUGGCACAUAGGCCACUCACCGUGUCGGACUGGCGCACCGUCGACAAAGAACACGACCUUGUCCCUGUCCGUUUCAUUUUCCCAGACCAACGCCUCGCAGGUGUCUACUCCGUCCGCUACAACGCGAACCACAAGUGGUACUACCUCUCGGAUCAGACUCCGGAUGAGGUCACCCUUAUCAAGUGCUACGACUCGGAGGUGGAUCGUGCGCGGUUCACUCCACACACUGCAUUUCUGGAUAAGACUAGUCCGAAGGAUGCGCCUUACCGGGAGAGUAUCGAGCUCCGAUGCUUGGUAUUCGAUACGGAGUAGAAGCUGCAGAUGACUCGCAGCGGGGAUGUACCCAGACGCAACUUGCACUUAUUUUUGUACCGUUGCAUUAUAUAGUAAUACGUGUUUAAUACAUUCAGCAUGUUUACGGAG